AUCGAUAAUAACAUGAAGCAUUCUGAAUGGAUUUGCUCCUUCACUUAAAGUACACAAUAUAUUUGUGUAUUAGUAACAUCCACAAAACAGAUGAAUAUUUCAAGAAAAAAUACUAUUGUGAACGAUUUCUGUUUAUGGAAUUGUUACGAUGCGAAUUGGUAUCGAUUUGUUCUUUUCAGUUGAGUCGAAUUCACGGGUAACGAAUCGAACUUUUUUAUUGUGAGCCAUUGCGGUAAAAAGCUUUUGUAAAUGACGGCGUCUCCUUAACUAGCUGUGGCUACGAUCGCUGGCACGAUCGUGGUGCUGAAAAAACAACUGUUAUUGUUAGUUUUUGUCAUAGAGCUGGAGAGACGGUACAGUUUUAGCAUCUGUAUUAUAUGGACCGUUUGGAUCAAGUUAGUUUCAAGCUGAUCUUAACUUUCCGCUUGUUUUGACGAGAUGGCAGACAGUGGCAUCUGCGGUUAUGCAGGAGACACACAGCUUCAGACAUGGGAGGAUGUUGGACUGAGAGAAGCUUGUGGCGUCUUUGGUUGUGUUGCCACGGGCACCUGGCCAACGCAGCUGGAUGUUCCGCACAUUAUUUCGCUGGGGCUUGUUGGUCUGCAGCACAGGGGUCAGGAAAGCGCGGGCAUCGUCACCAGCCAUGGCAGCUCUGCCACCUUCCGCAAGCACCGAGGCAUGGGCCUGGUGGGCCAGAUCUUCAGUGAAGAGAUCCUUGGCAAACUACACGGUAACCUGGGCAUCGGCCACACACGCUAUUCAACGGCCGGCACCUCUGACCUCACCAAUUGCCAGCCCUUCAAUGUGGAGACCCUGCACGGCUGGAUCGCUGUCGCUCACAACGGCGAACUGGUCAAUGCACUCAGGCUGAGGGAAAGUAUUCUACGACACGGUGUGGGCCUGUCCACGACCUCUGACUCUGAGGUCAUCACCCAGCUGCUGGCUCGACCGCCCCCCGGCAGCGAGUCGGACGGACCCGAUUGGCUGGGACGGAUCAAGCAGCUGAUGAACGAAACCUUGCUAUCCUACUCCCUGCUUAUAAUGCACGGAGAGAGCGUGUACGCUGUCAGGGACCCAUACGGGAACAGGCCGCUAUGCAUUGGCAAACUGAUGGGUGUAGGUUAUCUGGAUCCCAAGGAUGAGGAGAGCAGCAUUGAGGGUUGGGUGGUGUCAUCCGAGUCUUGCAGCUUCCAGGCCAUCGGGGCGCGGUACUACCGAGAGGUCCAACCGGGAGAGAUUGUACAGAUCACCAAGCAGGGCAUCAAGACGCUAGCCACGGUGCCCAGACCUGACCAGCAACCUCCCGCGUUCUGCAUAUUUGAGUACGUCUACUUCGCAAGGCCCGACAGCAUUCUUGAAGGUCAGAUGGUGCAUUCCGUCCGGAGGCGCUGUGGUGAGAGACUAGCCUUGGAAGCCCCAGUAGAAGCGGAUCUGGUCAGCACAGUGCCAGAGUCUGCCACACCAGCAGCACUGGGUUACUCCCAGAUGUCUGGUGUCCCGUAUACAGAUGUCUUGACAAAGAACCGCUACAUCGGUCGUACCUUCAUCCAGCCAAGCACCCGUCUAAGACAGCUGGGCGUGGCCAAGAAGUUUGGUGCAUUAACGGAGAACUUCAAGGGAAAGCGCAUUAUACUGAUAGACGACUCCAUCGUCAGAGGAAACACUAUUGCACCGAUUGUCAAGCUUCUAAAACAGGCUGGGGCAAAAGAGGUCCACAUCCGUGUGGCCUCGCCCCCAGUCAAGCACCCCUGCUACAUGGGCAUCAACAUCCCUACCAAGGAGGAGCUGAUCGCCAACCGUGUGGAGACGCAGCACCUGGCCAGCCACUUUGGGGCCGACAGUGUGGUCUACCUGUCUGUGGACGGUCUGAGGACGGCCGUGAUGGAGGGCAUCCAGAACAAGGACGCGUCCUCGCACAAGUCGCGGCACUGCACGGCAUGCUUGACAGGGGAGUAUCCUGUUGAACUGUCAUGGUAGAGGUGAAAACAUGGACUUCAGAAACAAGAAUGGUUUAUUUAUCUGAGGAUCUUUUUUUUUACAGGGUUUGAAAACUUGGCUUUCACUUUCUUCACCUUCAAACUCUGAGGACAUCAUUUACCGAGUCCUCAGAGUUGAGACCAUCUGUUCAGUGCAGUUCCAUGUUUGGGCUACGCCAACAUCUGUUCCUCUGUCAAGAGGCUGCAAUCUUAAGCAGUUUUAUGCAUGUGCAACAGUAAGCAUUUAACAUUGAUUGCGGAGCUUAGACAAGACCAAACCAGAGACAGUGAAAACUGAGAUUUAGUUAAGGGCUUUGUAUAUCUUUCUCAGUUUCACCUGAUUAUGAAUAUCAUGUGAGUGAAAAUGUCAGUUCUUAUUAAUGUCAACAAUGCUAGAGGGUAAUUCAGCUGAGAAGUGUGACAAUUUCCAACUCUGUUUCUUGGAUGGAGUCAUGUAUUUCACACUCUUAAACAAGUUGAGAGUUCUAUGUUAAAAUGCUGUGAUAUUCUGCAUUUUCAAGCCUUGUCGACAGCUUUAUUUGAAAGAAAUUUGGCUAACACUCACUAGUUUCUACUUUUUUAGUACAAUAGGUUGUUCAGUACCGUACCUAACAGCCACUCCUUUUAAUAUUUGUUUAUUAAGUGCCUGUUUAGUUACCUUGGCUGUACAGUAUACUACUGUCAGUAUUUGACAGCAUCUUUAAUCAAGUCCACUUUGCAUAGCAUGUUUAGGUCUACAUUUUGUACGCAUCCCAUGCCUUGUUGCUGGAAGCAUCGGCUGUGGUGUCAGAAGAAGAUUGCUAAAGCACAAAGUCAACUUUGAUGUACCUGGUGUAACAUGCUGCAUAAGAAAUGAAGUACAAUGUACAGUACGUUAUUUCAGCACUGCCACACGAGAAGUAUUAUUGGUAUCUGUAAGAUACAUGUAUCUGGCUGUCUGUCCAUAUUGUAUUGGCUGUCUGUCAGUUUGAAUACCUUUCCACCAUUAAAAGAAGAGUAUAAAUGUUUUGUCACUCCACCAGUGCGCAUUGUCAGUGCAUUUUAAAGUUACUUAAAAAAUUGCCUGAGAAACUUUGGCCUAAGUACAUGUAAAUGUUUGUGGUAGCAUGCAACCGAAGCUAGUGUACUCAUCACUAUGCUAUCAGAAAAACUGUAUGUGUGUUCUUUUCACAUUUAAUGUGGUCUGAAAAAGUGCUUUGUGGAUGCCCUUAGGGACUUGCAAAGUACCAGUCCAUUAAAAGCGUUGAGAUGCUGUGAUGUGUAACUUACUACCACCAACACGUGUAUCUGUAGCACACUGAAGGCUUUCUCUGACAGCUUGUUGCACAAUUUGAAGAAUGCCUAAAGGUCAGAACACUAGUGGAUAGGUGUGAUGAUCCUUACGUGUAGUCCGGAGGGAAAAGUUAUACGUUUUUUCAAAAGAAGUGUUCUCUAAGAAAAUAUUUUCAGAGUGGAAUGCAUUUUAGGACUAGUAAUACCAUUAUUAAAAGAAUUGAAGUGCACAAAUGUUGUGAAGGUUAUUAGACGUGACGCUCUGCAUGAUCACUGUGUUUGAGAAGAAACCUGGUGUCACACUUAAUAGUAACAAGUUGACCAUAUUUUUAGAUAUUGGAGAAUCCACAUGAGGAGGUUGUCUUGUUGGAGGCAUUUUCAGGAAAAAUGAUGACGUCUCUAGAACUGCAGCUGUGUAAAGAGUUGAUGAGGUAUACGAGUUUUUUCCGCAUUUCAAUGCAAAGUAUUGCCAGCUACUCUGUAAUAACCAUUUUUAAGGGCCAUUUUCAAUUUUGUUUGUUUCCUAGAAUGAGAACAGAGCAAAUUGUGAUUUUUGGAAACGGAUGUAGAAUGAGUAAGUGGACUUGCGAAAUUUGGGCGCAAUUUCCGAAAAAAGUACUGAAAUGAUCUGACAUUUAAGAUUCAUGGUCUUUACAUUGUGUGAAGUGAAUGUCACAGGAAUUUUUAUGGUCAAAUGUAUUAUUCUGUGAGUGUCUCGUACAUGUUGUUCGUUUCAACUGAGGUGACUUGAGUUCAUGUACAUGUGGAUGUUGAAUUUAAAAUGUUAUUUUCAAUCAAUUUGAGUGAUGUAUUUUGCACAAAUAGAAAUAUUUGAUUGGUUGUAUCAAAUAUUGUGCGAUGUGAAUUGAUUUUUUUAAAAAGAAACCUUUGACCGCCAUUUUGUUUCCCAAGCACACUGAAUAACGCUUGUUAUCUUCAAGAAAAAUUUAUAGAAAUUGACUGCAAUACCUGAAAUAUUUCUAAAAUGGACAAAAAGAAGAUGUUUAAGGGGACAUGUAUGUUAGCAAACAACCAAGUUACUUGUCGAAAGAACUUUCCAGUGUGGGAAACACCCUUUCCGUAACAACAGAAAUAGAUAAUUCAAGUUUAACAGUAGUCCACUCAUUGAAGCAAUUUCCAUGCCUUGUUUAAUAUUGUUUUGAAUGCACCAUAUGAUUUUGUUUGUGUUUUGUACUAAGAGGUUUCAUCAAGGUUUUACAAGGUACUAAAGCCUCAUUUUUUGUAUUCGUAUGCAAAAGUAACGUCUGUCACGAGCAUUCACUUCUAGUUUUGCCAUUUCUUUUAGCACCAGAAAAGCCUGUAUUUAGUGACUUUGCCCAUCUCUGAAAUUUAAGGUUGUCCCCCUUUAUUUUGUUGGUUCAUUUUAAGAAACGUGUGUGUAUAUUUCACUCUAUAUUUUCAUAUGUGUGGAGAAAUAAAAUAGACUUUGAGAAGACUGAAUGUCCACAAUAAA